UAGCUGUGCUUGUGAUUCGUUUAAUUCUCUUCUACGUAAAACCGGCACCCAUAAUCCUGGAAAUAGUGCCUCUCUAUUGUAAUAGCAACGCUCAAUACCGGCCCAUAGAUUUGUGGUGCGUGUUGGGUUUUAGGCAGUUUCGCACAAACGGUACAAACUGGAUGACGCUACGGUUCGUACAGCCAUGGAGUACUACGCCAUUUUCAUACCCAACAACACGUCCAACUUCGCGAUCAAAAGCUUCUACAACAACAAAAUUGAAGCAUUGGGUGCAUUGAAGCUGCACAAAGAUGCACGAAUGAAAGCAUUUUCCACGAGCGAAGAAGCGGUCUACUUUUACCUGCAUGGACCAUCUGAAGGAGCGGCUACUGUUGGUGGUGGUGCAGCUGCUGUAGCAGCGCCCGGGAGUCCGAUACCGACCGCUGAGCGUAAGGUACCGAAGUCACCGUUCGUCGCCCCAUCGAGCCAGAAGCUGGUAGCGUUCCGGAAGCUAAUCGAAGCCAACAACAUCGAAGAAGUGCGCACAAUGGUUCUGCAAAAUCCACGCUAUCUUAUCAGCUCAGGUGACACACCAACCAUCCUUAAGGAGGGGCCACGGUACAACGCCCUGCACAUCACUGCUAUUGAGGGACGGAGCGACAUAUGCCGACUAAUACUGCAAACGAUAGAAAAUCCAGCCUACAUUGAGCUGCUGCACGGACAACGCUCGUCCUCGACCGAUGAGGUUACUGCCAUACUGCUCGACCUGUAUCUAAACACACCGGACAAAUGCCGGAACGAAACGCCUCUCCAUUUUGCCGCCAAACUCGGCUGGGUGGAAGUGGUGAAGGAACUGAUUGCCUUUCCGCAGUGCCAGGUGAAGCCAAACGCGGACGGGUUGUAUCCGCGGGAAAUUAUCUGCAGUCGAGCUAAGCAAGCCAACAACACGGUCGAAAUACGGGAAGCUAUUUAUGCGUUGUUGAAGGAAAACUUUUUCGUUCCGGUGAUUCGCACGGAGGACAACAGCAUACCGCCCGUCGUGGGUGAACCGUUCUCACCGACCGAACUUCCUAAACUGGAUGAAUCGAGAGACAAGUUGAACACCCGUCGCGAAAUUAAAGCGUAUGCUGGUCCGAUGGACCAGGAAAAAGCGCUACGGUUUUGUAAGCGUUGGAAAACGCCACCCAGAUUGAAGAUUCUUGGAGCGGCAAUGGUGCAGAGCGAUAGCAAGUUGUCGGAGAUGAGAAAAAGCUCGACUCCGAUCAAGGCAGCCGCUCGGCGACUGUUUGCGAACCGUUCGUUCGAUGGCAGACUGGAAGAGGAGCAGGCUGGCGAACAGGAGCAACGUCAUAACAAUAACACGCUCAUCGAUUCAAGUCUGGACGAAAGCCUGGAACAGUUGGAAAAAUUCAUCCCCGACGACAAUGGCAAUCACUUACGAAUGUCUGUUCCGUAUACGCCCAAUAGACUGUUCUUUUCGUACCGCAAUCAUCUAGCGAACGAUAGCAUCGAUACGGAAGAUUCGUACUGUGUCAAUGACGCAGACGCUGCCAACUUUAGCUACGUGUGCGAGGAAACGCAAACGACGUACGAGAAAGGCAACGUGACGGAGUCACCCUCGUUUAAGGAACGUUCCAUACGCAUCACAGACCCGACCAAAGGGCUCGAAACGGUUGGGCGCAUGUUGGCCGAGAAGGAGCAGGUCGGUUGGAAGGAGUAUUGGAGCUUUUUGGGCACAUUCUGUAACAUCGCGGAUGAGACGGGUUUAACGAUGUUGGAACAACACCUAGCGCAAAAGAAACAACAGCUGGAGGGUGUGCUGCAAGCGGAGAGCAUUGCCGAAAGCGAUAGCAAUUCGACGUAUCAAAAGGAACGUUCGUUUAACGAGGUGAUGAACAUGAUUUGUGAAUCGACGGAAAAGAUGCACCUCAAUAUGGCCGAUGAUUGGCAACGAACGGCCGUAUCUAACCCAUAUCGCUGCCUUUUGAAUUCGUUGCACGUGUUCGGCACACGUUUGGUAAAUAGUGUGCUGAAACCGAUAUCGAAGAGUUCCGACGAUUGCGUUGGUGAAACGUUCCAAGCCCAGAUCCGACAGCUGGAGAAGCUGCUCGAGAACUAUCGUAACGACGCGGCAUUUAGGAUGAUUAAUUUUUCCAAAGUACAUGCUCUAUUUUCCUACUUAAUCGUUGCGAAUGUGCCACAGCACCGUAACGGAGAUGCGAAGUCGUCCAACAUGUGGAAAUCUUUGCUGCGUCGCGAUACGUUGAACGAAACAGCAAAAUGUGUCGCAAAGUUUCUGUCGCAGUUUUCCGACAAUCCUUCGACGAUUGCUCCCUUCGACUUUGGCGAUGAAGCAGAGCGGAACUGGCAAACGCUCUGGGAGGAUAAUGUAUACAUUCUGUCAUGCAACUGCCGCACUGAAGGACCGACGCACACCGCUAGCAAAGGCAUACUGGAGCGAAUGAACAAACGACGUGAAAAACGUGCGACGCGCACACCGUCAGCGUCGGAAUCCGUGCCAUCGAAUGUAGUGGUUGAUUUCCACACAUAUCGCAGUGCCGGAACUGGUCGUGAACUUACUCCCGAUGGAUCGUUCGAGGAAGAUGAACGAUACUACAGUUGCAGUGAUUCCGAAAACGAGCAGGAAGACAUGUUCUUCACGCCACCAUCUAGCCCCAAGGCGGCGCGAAAGGAUCACAACGGAAAUAGUCCGGAGACCGCGACACAGUUGCAGAAGAUGAACAGCGCUGGAACACCGGACGACGGAUUGAUGGAGCAGAGUGUGGAGGACGACAACGAGGGUUAUGCGGUAUUCAUUUCUGGGUCGUUGCCAACCCAGCACGACACAGACGUUUGGAAUGUGCUGAAACUGGUCGACGUUGACCAAGCAUCCUAUCCGCACGUGUACGCCUGGAAGUGUGCGAUGGCUGAGUAUCAGUCAUACUACGCUAAAACACCUUUGAUUUGGGACGGAAAUCAUUGCCAAGUGAUGAAUAACCACAGGCCACCUAGUUAUCCACCGCCUCCUCGUCCGAAUCAUUUUCUACCUCGGGGUAAUACGGCGCUACCACCAUCCGGUAAUGCUGGAAAUGUCCACAACAGUGCUGGAUUUACAAUGCCAAACUUCAACUUUCCACCGCCGAAUAUUCCGCCCUCGUUAACGAGACCACCACCAGCGACAUCCUACUAUUCUCGUGAUCGUUCGGAUAAGAGCCACACCAACAGCAGUCCGUAUCACUCUUCCGGUCCGCACCAGACGUACAAGCGUCAUACACCGCACAACCCAGGUGGAACGCAAUUCACCUCCCAAGGAAGACGCUCAACCAAUCCGGUGCCAUCCCAUUCCGGUGGGUCAUACAAACAUUCGGCCCAUCAUUCGUAUUCAUCGUCGGGACAGAAAUCUUCACCAUAUUCACGUUCUUCGGCAUCCCGGUAUGGGUCUAGCGGUAGAUCACAUUCGGUACCGAGCAGCUCAGACCGAUUGGCUCGAUCUCGUACGGAUCGUUCAGCUUCCUGCAGGCGAGAUGCAGACAAACCUUCCUCCUCCGAACGUAGCAGUACUCGUCAUUCCCGGUUUAAAGUGGACACAGAGCGUGCCGAAAUUCUGUCUAAAUGGUGCCGCAACUAUUGUGAGACUUCGGAAGAUAUUGCACGCAAACUGGCGGAGAUGGCCAACGAUGAAGAACGCACACAGUGGGUACGUUCUUCGCCGGCCGAGCUCUACUACAGACGAGUGUCGGAAAAGGUGGUUGAAUCGACCGCUCGUCUUGACGCACUGUGUACCCUGUUCGAGGAGGAGCUAAUCCAGCGCGCGGCACGGAUACGUGCCAUCCAAACGCCAUACAAUCCGCCACCCCGCAAGCGCAAGAUGAAAAUGUGUCGCCACAAGCAUGAUAAAUGUUCGUCUUCGUCGGAAUCUUCCGACGAAGAGAUGGAGUUCGAGGAUGAGUGCAGUAUGGAAGAGUUGACGGCAAAAAUUAAACAUCCGCUCCGGCUGCAUGUCGAUCUGUGGUACAACGAUCCGGGCGAGAUGAACGAUGGACCGUUGUGUCGGUGUUCGGCCCGAUCCCGCCGGACCGGCAUACGACACGGGAAGUAUCCUGGUGAGGAAACGUUCACAAAGUGUGUUCCCAACUCGAACAAUGCGGAUAAAUUGUAUCAUUAUCGUAUUACAAUCUCUCCUCCAACGAAUUUCCUCACGAAAACGCCCACGAUCAUAAAGCACGAUCAGCACGAGUUCCUGUUCGAGGGGUUCUCGCUGCUUUCACACGAACCGAUCGGUGAGUUACCGACCUGCAAGGUAAUUCGCUUCAACAUCGAAUACACGAUCCUGUACAUUGAGGAGCAGAUGCCGGAAAACUUUACCAUACGCGAACUGAACCUCUUCGAUCGGUAUCUGUUCCGUGAGCUGCUCGAACUGGUGGACUUUACCGUACAGCCGUCCGGUUCCGGUGAGGAGAGUUGCUGCCCGUGCUAUCAUUUUCUACCGCGCUUUGUGCGUGAUCUGCCAGACAACGGCAAGGAAGUGCUUGCGAUGAGUGAAGUGUUGCGCUAUCUAUUGGAUAAUUCGGGCCCGCUCGUACCACCGGACAUGCUGAAGGAGAUGAUGGACAUGAGCCAGAACGAGUGGCAGGAUUACGUCGACUACGUGAAGGGCAUGGUCGUGACGAACCCGGGCAUGAAGCCGUGUUCGGUGCGGGUCGAUCAGUUGGAUCGGAACGUGGGCGAUGUCCCGGAAGCAACAGCGAUCGAUGAGCACGGUCUGGUGCAUCCGGUCAUCGUACACUUUGGCAUUAGACCGCCCCAGCUGAGCUACGCCGGAAAUCCCGAGUAUCAGAAGGCGUGGCGAGAGUACAUCAAGUUUCGCCAUCUGAUUGCCAACAUGUCGAAACCUUCGUUCGAGGACAAGCGUAAGCUGGAGACGAAAGAGAACCGGCUGCUGGAGAUGCGGAUGCAGGGAAGGAUGAAGCGUAACAUCACGAUCGCGGUUAGUGCGAAGGCGUUCCAUCGGACGGGGAUUAUGUGCGAUAUGGUGCAGCACGCCAUGUUGAUUCCCGUGCUGACGGGCCAUCUGAGGUUUCACCGAUCGUUGAAUGUGCUCGAACGGUACAUUGGGUACACGUUUACGAAUCGUUACACCUUACAGUUGGCCCUCACGCAUCCAUCGUACAAGGAGAAUUUCGGUACGAAUCCGGAUCAUGCUCGGAAUAGCCUGACAAACUGUGGAAUACGCCAGCCGGAAUAUGGCGAUCGUAAGAUACACUACAUGAACACACGCAAGCGUGGCAUCAAUACGCUUAUCAGCAUUAUGUCUCGGUUCGGUAAGGAGCACGAGACGGACAGCAACAUUACGCACAACGAGCGGCUGGAGUUUCUGGGUGAUGCGGUGGUAGAGUUCAUUACCUCGAUCCAUCUCUUCCACAUGUUUCCGGAUCUGGAAGAAGGCGGGUUGGCGACAUAUAGGGCCGCAAUCGUUCAGAACCAACACCUUGCCGUACUGGCCAAGAAGUUACACCUGGAGGAGUUUAUGCUGUACGCACACGGAUCGGAUUUAUGCCACGAACUGGAAUUACGGCACGCAUUGGCCAAUUGCUUUGAAGCGUUGAUGGGAGCGCUACUACUCGACGGUGGCAUCGAGGUGGCGGAUCGCGUUUUUGCGUAUGCGCUCUUCCAGGAGGAUGAUACGUUGCGCGGCAUAUGGGUAAACUAUCCGUCACAUCCGCUGCAGGAACAGGAACCCCUCGGUGAUCGGCAUCAUAUUGGAUCGUUCGAGAUGCUGAAAACGUUAACACGCUUCGAAGAUUCGAUUGGCGUACAGUUCAACCACAUACGACUGUUGGCGCGAGCGUUCACGGAUCGUUCGAUCGGUUUCACCAACCUCACGCUCGGUUCCAAUCAACGGCUCGAGUUCCUGGGCGAUACGGUGCUGCAGCUGAUCUGCUCCGAGUAUCUGUAUCGCCACUUCCCGGAGCACCACGAAGGUCACCUGUCGCUAUUGCGCAGCUCGCUCGUAAACAAUCGAACGCAGGCGGUCGUUUGUGACGACCUCGGCAUGACACAGUUCGCCGUCUACUCGAACCCGAAGGCGGACCUCAAGACGAAGGAUCGGGCCGAUUUGCUGGAAGCAUUUUUGGGUGCACUGUACGUCGACAAGGGGCUCGAGUACUGCGAGAUGUUCUGUCACGUGUGUUUGUUCCCGCGGCUGCAGGAUUUUAUCAUGAACCAGGACUGGAACGAUCCAAAGUCUAAGCUACAGCAGUGCUGUCUCACGCUGCGCACGAUGGAUGGCGGCGAACCGGAUAUUCCCGUGUACAAGGUUAUCGAAUGCACCGGACCGACGAAUACGCGCGUGUACUCCGUUGCGGUGUACUUUCGCGGGAAACGUUUGGCGUGUGCGGAUGGGCAUAGUAUCCAACAGGCGGAGAUGAACGCCGCAAAACAAGCGUUGGAAAAUUCGAAAGAUCUUUUCCCGCAGCUUGAUCACCAGCGACGGGUGAUUGCGCAAAGUCUCAAGCGACAGAAGGUACCGCGAUCAGCCGGUGGGUCGGGUAUACGGAGCGGUGCGGGAACUGCUGGAUUUCCCGGAUCAAAUGGUGAGCAGGAUUUGCCCGGUGAAGAUGAGCUGGAAGAGGAUGAAAUUAUGCCUAACACCACUGAUCAACCGCCAGAAGGAAUGGCAGCGAAACGUAAGCGUGAACAGAAGAAUGCUUCCGUGUUUCUGCCAGAAUCGGCCCGGCUUCCAAAGCAGUACCAGAUACGUCGCCGUUCGCGAUCCAAUAGUAAUAGCAGUAACAGCAGUAGUAGUAGCAGCAGCAGCAAUAGCAGCUGUGAAAGAGAACACAAAAGUAAAAAAGAAACCGAUAAAACCGCUGUUCCCAGUGAUAUCAGUUCCGAGUCCGACGAACCGGUGGUUGAGAAUAAGACAGAUGAUAAAGAUAAUACAGUGGUAGAGGAACCAACUAUGCCGGAGGUGGAAGCGAUGAUGCACAAAACAGUAGAAAUCGUAUCGCCGCUUCAAUUGAAGUUGGAACCGCUGGAUGAGUGCGAAUAUAGCUCCGUAUCGGAUGAUGAAGAUUUGGGCCUGGACGAUAUUUCCGACGGCGACGAACAGUUUACGGCUGAGGUGGUGGACAACACUGCCGAGGAAAUAGUAGAAGAUUUUAAACCCUGUGUUGAAGAUUUUGCAACAGCUGCUGAUGAGAUUAAGGCGGAAAAACUUGACCUACCAGCAGAGGAUAGCACUGGUAGUGGCAAUACUGCUGCUGGCUAUGUUAGCUUACUGCAGGAGUAUCAGAUUAAAGUAGAAGGAACGGAUGAACUAUCGUCCGAUUUGGAGGCAGGAGAAAUUGAUGAAUCAAUGGAACAGUAG